CCAAGGGGCCGCUCCCGCCUCGCCUCGCCUCUUCCCUCUCCGCCCGGUCCUCGGGGGAGCCGCUCCCGGCCGGGACAUGUCGGGCGGCGACUCCGCGGCGGCGGCUGCCGCGGCCUCCCCUCAGCCGCUGCCCUUCUCGCUGCCCAAGCCGCCCCCCCUCAUGCAGCUGACUCCGGGGGACGCCGUCCGGCCCGUGGCCGCCGCCGCCGCCGACCAAUCGCCGAAGGGCAGCCGGCUGGCGGGCCGCCCCGAUUGGCCGGCGGGGAAGCCAGUCAGCCUGCUGGCGCCGCUGCUCCCGCCCCGCGGCGAGCCCGAGCCCCUGAUGCCCUUCGGGCCCUCGUCGCGGCAGCCGCUGCGCGGGCGGCUCCUGGGCAGGUGCGGCGGGGGCAGCCUGCUGAGCCCCGCCAUGCGGCCCGGCGCCGUCGACCGCGGCUCGCUCAUGAUGGGACACCCAGGGAUGCCACAUUACCCGCCCAUGGGGAUGCACCCCAUGGGGCAGAGGCCACCGAAUAUGCCACCGGUUCCGCAUGGUAUGAUGCCUCAGAUGAUGCCUCCCAUGGGAGGACCGCCGAUGGGGCAGAUGCCUGGAAUGAUGCAGUCGGUAAUGCCUGGAAUGAUGAUGUCUCACAUGUCCCAAGCUGCUAUGCAGCCUACAGUUCCGCCAGGGGUGAACAGCAUGGACGCGCAAGUAGGUGUAACGCCACCUGGAACUCAGAGCUCUGUUUUGUUUCGCCCUCAGACAACACAUCCUGUAGUUUGCGCAGCUCAGCAAACCGCCACAACCAACAGUUCUGUUAAUGAAGAGCACUCUAAACAGAAAUCUACGUGGACAGAACACAAAUCACCUGAUGGAAGAACAUACUACUAUAAUACUGAAACAAAGCAGUCUACGUGGGAGAAGCCAGAUGAUCUCAAAACACCAGCUGAGCAAUUGUUGUCAAAGUGUCCCUGGAAAGAGUACAAAUCUGAUUCUGGAAAGCCAUACUACUAUAAUUCCCAAACAAAGGAAUCGCGCUGGGCAAAACCCAAAGAACUUGAAGAUCUUGAAGCAAUGAUUAAAGCAGAAGAAAACAGCACCAAGCCUGAAGAGUCAACUGCAACAGCAUCUGCUGCAGGAGAAGCAGCAAACGCAACCACCGCAGCCACAACUGCUGCCGAAACCGCAGCAGCUGCCACCACUGCCACUACUGCAGCAACAACAGCCUCUGAAGGAGAAACUGCUGCAGCUUCUGCGACAGAAAAUGAGAGUACUGCCACAGCCACAGCAGAGGAACAGGGACAGCAAGCGACUUCUGCACCUGCUGCACAGGAACAGAGUGCAGAAACUGCAGCUAAUGCAGCAGACGAUUCUUCCAAGCAAGAGGGUUCAGCAGAUGCUGCUUCAAAGAAAGAUGACGAUGAUGCACAGCCAGUUAAAAAAACCUAUACGUGGAAUACAAAGGAAGAAGCAAAGCAAGCAUUUAAAGAACUCCUAAAAGAAAAGAGAGUACCAUCUAAUGCAUCUUGGGAGCAAGCUAUGAAAAUGAUCAUUAAUGAUCCCCGAUACAGUGCUUUGGCAAAGUUGAGUGAAAAAAAGCAAGCCUUUAAUGCUUACAAAGUUCAAACAGAAAAAGAAGAAAAAGAAGAAGCAAGAUCAAAAUACAAAGAAGCUAAAGAAUCCUUCCAGCGUUUUCUUGAAAACCAUGAAAAGAUGACAUCCACAACAAGAUACAAAAAAGCUGAACAAAUGUUUGGGGAGAUGGAAGUCUGGAAUGCAAUAUCUGAGCGUGAUCGUCUUGAAAUUUAUGAGGAUGUCUUGUUUUUUCUGUCUAAGAAAGAGAAGGAACAAGCCAAACAGUUGCGAAAGAGGAAUUGGGAAGCUUUAAAGAACAUACUAGAUAACAUGGCUAAUGUCACUUACUGCACUACUUGGUCAGAGGCUCAGCAGUAUCUGAUGGACAAUCCUACGUUUGCAGAAGACGAGGAACUUCAGAAUAUGGAUAAGGAAGAUGCGCUGAUCUGUUUUGAAGAGCAUAUCAGGGCACUGGAAAAAGAGGAGGAAGAAGAAAAACAGAAAAGCUUGCUUAGAGAAAGAAGGCGGCAGCGUAAAAAUAGAGAAUCUUUUCAGAUAUUUUUAGAUGAACUUCAUGAGCAUGGACAAUUACAUUCAAUGUCCUCUUGGAUGGAGUUGUACCCAACCAUAAGCUCUGACAUCAGAUUCACUAAUAUGCUUGGUCAACCUGUUUUUUCAUCAGGAUCAACAGCACUUGAUCUUUUCAAGUUCUAUGUUGAAGACUUAAAAGCACGUUACCAUGAUGAAAAGAAGAUAAUAAAAGACAUCUUAAAGGAUAAAGGAUUUGUGGUUGAAGUGAACACUUCCUUUGAAGACUUUGUCACGGUCAUCAGCUCAACUAAAAGAGCUACAACUUUAGAUGCAGGAAAUAUCAAGCUGGCUUUCAAUAGCCUGCUAGAAAAGGCAGAAGCCCGUGAAAGAGAGAGGGAAAAAGAAGAAGCUCGUAAAAUGAAGCGGAAAGAGUCUGCCUUCAAGAGUAUGCUGAAACAAGCUACUCCUCCAAUUGAAUUGGAUGCUGUCUGGGAAGAUAUCAGAGAUCGAUUUGUGAAAGAACCAGCAUUUGAAGACAUCACUCUAGAGUCCGAAAGAAAAAGAAUAUUUAAAGACUUCAUGCAUGUACUAGAGCAUGAGUGUCAGCACCAUCAUUCAAAGAACAAGAAACAUUCUAAAAAGUCUAAAAAACAUCACAGGAAGCGGUCUCGCUCCCGUUCGGGCUCAGAGUCUGAGGAUGAUGAUAGUCAUUCAAAGAAAAAAAGGCAGCGGUCAGAAUCUAGAUCUGUUUCUGAGCGUUCUUCCAGUGCAGAAUCUGAGAGAAGUUACAAGAAGUCAAAAAAACACAAGAAAAAGAGCAAGAAGAGAAGACACAAGUCUGAUUCACCAGAAUCAGAUAUUGAACGAGAAAAAGACAAAAAAGAAAGAGAGAGAGAAAGUGAAAAGGAUAGAGCUAGACAAAGAUCUGAAUCAAAACAUAAAUCUCCGACUAAAAAACGACCUGGAAAAGAUUCUGGUAACUGGGACACUUCAGGCAGUGAGCUGAGCGAAGGGGAGCUGGAAAAACAGAGGCGGACUCUUUUGGAACAACUGGAUGAAGAUCAAUGAGAACAUUAUUUAUACCAAAUAUGUUUACAUUGUGGCAUAAUAAAAGAAACCAAUGUCUGAUUCAGGAUGUGGGUUCUGAUAUCCUGAGUUCCAUUGUUGGAAUACCAGUGGGUUUUAAUCUUACCACGUAAAUACAUUCAAGUACUAUUACUAUGGGCAUCAAAUCUAGACAAGUGAACGAAAUUCUGAGUUACAAGUUGAAUGUCUGUCCUUGACCUGCUAGGCAGAAUGGGUGUUCUGCUCGCCAUGGAGAGAGCCCUUUGAAGGGAACAAGACGGUGAAAGACAUUUCAGUUCUCGCUGGAUCUUGUCUGCAGGUUAAGGAAAGUGUUGGCACCUUUCUAGCAAAGCAUCUCCUAAGUACGGGCCUUCCUAGAAAGGUAGUAAUGCUGUUUCCUGGCCACUGUAGGCAGGUAAAAUUUCAUUUUUAGAAAGAUUUUUAAUAUAGUUUCUUGUGGCUUAAUUUGUCUUAUGAAUUUGGUUUUUUGAAAGGGGAAGGCAGUGAAAGGGGAGUAAUGAAUCCAUUUCUUCAUCUGUACUGCAAAAAUAAUCAUAUUGAAAUUGGUCUUUUAUGAACUACAUUCCUGGCCAAACCAACUGUGAGCAUGUACGUGAAGCAGAAGACCUGACGUCCUGGCUGAGAUUCACGUCUAAGUCUCAUGUCCAAGCAAAUGUUUAUGGUAAAUAAAAUGCAGAUGUGGCUGAUAGGAAUGCAAGAGGUGCUUCAGUGCAGUGCCAGCAGAGAGUGCUGCUGCUCGCAGCUGCCCUUUAUUAGCAUAAAACCUGAUCCAGAACAGCUGCAGCUGUUUCAGCAUUUAUCUUCACCCUAAGAAAAUCUUUAAUAAAGUAAAAAUCCUGUAAAUUGAUUUCAAUAUGUUGCCUUAAGAUCCUGCUGAAGAAUGUACCACCAGGUUUUCAGUAGCAGCUGCAGUAUCGGUGUCUAGAACCUCAGUGUGUGCUAAACCCUUCCUUGAAAAGGGAAAAGGAAGAAGCUUAAGCUCCAAAGCUCUGUCUCCUUUUUGAUUGCUUUUAGGAAAGUUGUCAGCCCUGUCCAGCGACACGCAGUGACUGCUGUGGUACACAUUCUGAAACCGUUGAUUGGAAUAUUUUUGUACAUUUUUAUCAAUUAUUAAACCUUGUCUCCUAGUGUGUACUAGUAUUUAUUUCUAGUUUUAAAUACUGUAUACAGCUCUGAUAAAUUAUUACUAUCUUAUCAUUCUUGGAUUUAAGCAACGUCUGCUCACACAAAAAUACUUGAAGGCUGUAUUUAGAGUUUAGCCCUGUUUUCAGUGCAUUUUUUCCUAAUGUAUGACAGCUGUUACUAGUGCAAAAAUAACCCCAAAGGUCCAAUUCAUACAGCGUGCGUUCUUGUUAGGGUGGUUACGUGAUUCAGGCUUCUUAAGAAUACUAUGUGAGAUUAAGAUUAGUCAUGUGAAAUUCAAAAUGCUGGAGACAGCUGAUCUGCGCUAUUUAGCAGGAACUGGUAACUUUUUUUUUACCGAGAUCAUCUAGUAUGUAGAUGAUGGUCAGUACAGAGCCCAUUUUGGUACUGCUGCUUUCCAGCUGAGAGCAUUAAUUGCUCUUUGCACACUCAUUGCCCAUCGCUUAAAAAAAAUGGAUGGGUUUGGGCAGCAGGAGUCGUGGUAAUUCUUUGCAUACAGUGAGGUGUUGGUGUCAAAUCUCAGAAGCUGCAGCCUGAAAUGUUGGCAGGGGCUUGGUUCCAGGCCGCUCCCCGUGCAUGGAAGCAGAGAGGGGAGUUGGUGCUCCCAGGCUGCACGUGCUCAGCAGUGACUUUACCCAUGUAUUUUAUUAACCUUGUAUGCUCACUUCCCUGGACUGAUAUUUUAAGAUGGAAAUGUGUGAAUAGUGCCCAAGUGAAAAAAAUAAACCGCAACUGAUUUCUAGAACA